AAUCCCAGUAACAUAACGAUCCUGAGGACCUGAAUUCAAAUAUUUUUAUGGAUACAUUUGAUUCAGAAAUUAAACGUUUACUAGUGACGUAAUAGGAGACAGAGAGUAGCGAGAAAAUGCCUGGAGAUUCUUGAAGUUACAUGAUGCCUGGAAAGGGAGAAUUUCGGUGUGUUGUUUGUUCUAAGAGAACAAAACCUGGGGACAGGCGCUUCACUAAAGGCAAGGAAAACUCUUCACUAAGAAAAUAUUUGUUGAAAACAUAUAUGAUACAAACAAAAGAAGAAGAUGUCAUUUGUGGAAAGUGUCGUAUGUCAUGUCAUCGCUCAAUACUACAGCGUCGUACACACAUCGCUCAACACCACUCUUCAGUUGAAGCCCCUUGUAAUAAAUCAACAAAGAACAUCCUUUCAUCGCCGCGGAAUAUUACACUUUCAAUCCCAUCCACUGGAAGUAGCCACAAAAAAUGUUUUGUAUGCAAUACUUACCCAAAGAAACUGGUGGUAAUAUCUCGUGACGCGAAAUACCUCUUCCUGCGAAAAGGGGUUUUAGUUCCGUUCGGAGCAAGAUGUUGUAGUCAUCAUAUCGAGGAUGGUCUAUUGCAAAAUGAUGCUUGUGAAAACAUUGCUAUAAAAAGUGACCUAUCUUCUCUUAAUCGUACUGAAAUAGUGGCAUUGAUUUCUAAGAUUAGAGAUGUAGCAAAUACACAGCAAAGCAAACGCAUUGACUUUGACUCACCGCAUGCCCUUUCGAAUGAAGAUUUCAUUACACUAACUGGACUAUGUACACAGCAUUUUAACGAUUUGUGUACUCACUGUGCUGGUUCUGUGCGAUCUUCAAAGAAUAGGAGCAUUAAAUCUUGUGUCGGCAUCUUUCUUACUAAACUAAAAAGUGGCAUGUCAAAUAAAGUCCUAUCAACAGUUUUUAACAUUGGAAAAGAUUCUAUUCGACGUGCAGUAACAUCGGCAAGAGUUGCACUAGCGAAAGACUUUGUUCCAUCAAAUUUGGGAUUUCAGCAUGUUAGUCGACAAGAUGUUAUACUGAAACACACAAGACCACUCGCCCAAACAUUGUUUGGAGGACUUAUGGAACCAGCCAUUCUUGUAAUUGAUGGCACCUACAUUUAUAUACAAAAGAGUGGCCAAUUUAUGUUCCAAAGGAGGAGUUACAGCAUGCAUAAGCACCGGCCGUUGGUAAAACCUAUGAUGUUUGUCACCACAACAGGUUACAUAGUGUCCGUGUUAGGUCCCUAUUUUGCCGAUUCCAAAAACAAUGAUGCCAGCAUCCUGAAUCAGAUUUUAAAUUCCAACAUUCAAGAAAUCAAGGAGUGGAUUCAGGAAAAUGAUGUGUUUGUGGUUGACAGAGGCUUUAGAGAUUCCAUGGACCUCCUACAACAGCUAGGAAUACAAACAGAGAUGCCUUCUUUUUCCAAGCAAAGGAAACAGCACACUACCGGAGAAAGCAACGCUUCCAGGCUUGUUACUAAAAUAAGAUGGGUCGUUGAGGCUGUGAAUGGACGGUUAAAAACCUGGAAAUAUUUGGAUCGUGUGUUGCCAAACUCACAGAUUCCAUACAUAGGCGAUAUUGUCAGGAUUGUGUGUGCAAUCUUCAACAAGUUCGGUACACCAAUAAGCACGGGGAUGCAGAGCAAGAUCAACUGCUAG